AUGGGAUCCCUAGGCACAUACUUCCUGGACGUUGUCUAUUCCUUCACAAAUUGCAUGGUUUGCUUUCCUAGCUCACCACAAUUGAAGAUCAACAGUCGAAGUUUCAAGAUAUUACGGCUGCUGGGCGAGGGUGGCUUCUCAUAUGUAUACCUCGUACAAGACAACUCAAAUCAACAACUCCUCGCCCUCAAGAAGAUCAGAUGUCCCUUCGGCCAAGAAAGCGUGAGCCUGGCGCUCAAGGAAGUCGAGGCCUACACACUCUUCUCGCCGCACCCCAACAUCAUACACUCAAUCGACUACUCUGUUGAAACCGACAAGUCAGACUCGUCCGCGAAGACCGUAUACAUCCUCCUCCCGUACUACCGUCGCGGCAACCUGCAAGACAUGAUCAACGCGAACCUGGUCAACCACACAAAGUUCCCAGAGCGAAGACUCAUGGUGCUGUUCCUGGGUGUUUGCAAAGCGCUAAAGGCAAUGCAUCAGUACAAGAUCAAGGGCGGGCCCGGCGGCGCGAAGAGUGAAGGCAAGGCGAAGAAGGUCCGGAGGGACGCGAAGAGGGCAGACGCGGAAGCUGCGGAGACAAUGGAGAUGCGCCCGAGCAGGCGGAAUCGCGAUCAUGACGAGGAUGACGAGCAAGAGGCAGAAGGACUGCUAGAAGAAUCAGAAGUCACAGCGGCGCACGAAGGCAUUGCGCCUGGCGGGGAGAGGGCGUACGCGCACAGGGACAUCAAGCCUGGAAACAUCAUGAUAGACGACGACGGCCAGACACCCAUCCUCAUGGAUCUCGGCUCCCUCGCACCUUCCCCCACGCCCGUAACGUCGCGAUCCCUCGCCCUACAAAUCCAAGACACCGCGGCCGAACACUCCACCAUGCCAUACCGCGCUCCAGAACUCUUCGACGUCAAGACCGGCUCUGUUAUCGACACCAAGGUCGACAUUUGGUCGCUCGGUUGCACGCUCUACGCCUGCUUGGUCGGCAAGAGCCCCUUCGAGGCUAGGUCAGACGAGACUGGUGGUAGUUUGAGCAUAUGUGUAUUGGGUGGUGACUGGAGAUUUCCAGAUGAGGGUAUGCAGAGGGGUAAGCAGAAGGCGAACCCCGAGGAUGCUAUCACAGACAGCGUCAAAGAGGUGGUGAGGAAGUGUUUGAGGCUGGAGCCGAGCGAGCGACCGGAUGUUGAUGAGCUCAUUGAGAUUGUGGAGGGCGUGUUGAGGGAGCUUCCUGAGGACGGCUCGGACGAUUAA